ACGGAAAAAGCUUGUAUAUAACUGACGAACGGGUCAGAUUCUGUUUCUGUUUCACUUUUGGCAGCUCUAGGGUUUCUGCAUUUCUGCGUCUCUCUCGCCGCUUCAGAGCUAUUCGAAAAUGACGAAGAGAACCAAGAAGGCUGGCAUCGUUGGAAAGUAUGGCACUCGUUAUGGUGCUAGUCUGAGGAAACAGAUUAAGAAGAUGGAAGUUAGUCAGCACAGCAAGUUCUUCUGUGAAUUCUGCGGGAAGUAUGCGGUGAAGAGAAAGGCUGUGGGAAUAUGGGGAUGCAAAGAUUGCGGCAAGGUGAAAGCUGGAGGUGCUUAUACUCUGAAUACUGCGAGUGCCGUUACUGUAAGGAGUACCAUCAGGAGGUUGAGGGAGCAAACAGAGAGUUAAACUUGUAUUAUGAUUCAAUCAUCAAAUUCGUCAGAAUUUUGUUUCAACUUUCAAGAACUGUGACAGUUUUUAAAGUUCUGAACUGAAAUUGUUUAGCUUUUUGAUCGAUUAUGGUUUCCAUGUCUUAUGAAUGUUGGUUUGAAUGCCUGUUAAAGAUGCAAUCAACUGCUUAUUUCUGGUUUUCA